UCAACAUGUUUGAAAACAAACUCACUAAAUGAACGAGAGGGUUCUACCCAAACUAAAACCCAGUCUCUGUUAAAAACCAUAGGAACAGUAUCAGAGCCAUCAACAUUUCUCCGAUUGAAGAAGAAGAAGAUGGAGUGUGUAGUUCCACUACGGCGGUGCUUCUGCUUCAGUCCGCCGGAGCUACGCCACCGCUUCGUUAGUCAUACUCGCCUCCAUCUCCAUCUCUCUGUCUCCUCCAAUUCCUUCGCAGCAGGGAUACUGCUUCUUCCUGAUAAGAAGAAUCGGUUUCUAUCUCCAGUCGCGAAGAGGGCUUCCUUGAAUCGCCUGAACUCGUCUGUGAUUGGUAACUCGGAAGAAGAGGAGGAGGAAGAAGAUGAUGAUGACUGGGAGGCAGAGUUUCUUGGGGAGAUUGAUCCGUUGGAGGUUCAACCUCCAAAGAAGAGGAAGAAGCAAGCUAAGUCGAAAGCGCUUGAUGACACUGAAGGGAUGGAUUGGUGUGUGAGGGCUAGGAAAAUUGCACUUCAGUCGAUUGAGGCUAGAGGAUUAUCUUCUAGAAUGGAGGAGGUAAUGCCUCUCAAGAAGAAGAAGAAGAAGAAAAAGAGCAAGAAAGUGAUAAACAAGGAUAAGGUUAAAAGUAAGAGUGUUCCUGAAGAUGAUUUCGAUUCAGAUGAAGAAGGUCUGGAGUUUUUAGACCGAUCCGUGGAGGAGGAUAAGAUGGGGGAGCUGCGGAGGAGAGUUAGCUCGUUAGCUGGUGGGAUGUUUGAGGAGAAGAAAGAGAAGACGAGGGAGCAGUUAGUCCAGAGGCUAUCCCAGUUCUCAGGACCUUCUGAUCGUAUGAAGGAGAUCAACCUGAACAAAGGUAUAACAGAAGCGCAGACCGCUGAGGAGGUGCUGGAAGUAACAGCUGAGACAAUCAUGGCCGUUGCCAAAGGCUUAACCCCAUCGCCGUUGUCUCCCUUAAACAUUGCUACUGCACUCCACCGGAUUGCCAAGAACAUGGAGAAAGUUUCGAUGAUGAGAACUCGUAGGCUUGCGUUUGCUCGGCAGAGAGAGAUGUCGAUGCUUGUUGCUCUCGCGAUGACAUGCCUCCCAGAAUGUUCAGCUCAGGGCGUCUCUAACAUUGCUUGGGCAUUGUCUAAAAUCGGGGGUGAACUGCUUUAUCUGACGGAGAUGGAUAGAGUCGCGGAAGUUGCUACAUCUAAAGUUGAGGAGUUUAAUUCUCAGAAUGUUGCUAAUAUUGCAGGCGCUUUUGCUUCUAUGAGGCAUUCUGCUCCAGAGCUCUUUGCUGAGUUGUCAAAGAGAGCAGCUACUGUUAUCGUCACCUUUAAAGGCCAAGAGAUUGCUCAGCUGCUGUGGUCAUUCGCCUCGCUUUAUGAGCCAGCUGGUCCUUUGCUUGAUUCCUUGGAUAGUGCAUUCAAAGGCAGUGACCAGUUCAAGUGCUGCUUAACGAAAGAAACAUCAAACUUUGAUGAAGUAAGCGAUGGUGCUUCAGGAUCUCCAGCGCUCAGCUUUAACAGGGACCAGCUUGGAAACAUAGCAUGGUCUUAUGCUGUUCUUGGACAACUGGAGCGACCUUUCUUUGCAAAUAUAUGGAAUAUCUUAACCACUUUGGAAGAGCAGAGGCUUUCGGAACAGUAUAGGGAAGAUGUCAUGUUUGCUUCUCAGGUGUAUCUCGUGAAUCAGUGCUUGAAGCUUGAGUAUCCGCACCUCGAGUUGUCACUAUGCCAUGAGCUCGAAGAAAAAAUAACCCGUGCAGGAAAGACCAAAAGAUUCAAUCAGAAGAUAACCUCAUCGUUUCAGAAAGAAGUUGGACGCCUUCUGAUAAGUACAGGGCUUGAUUGGGCUAAAGAACAUGAUGUGGAUGGCUACACUGUGGAUGUUGCUCUUGUCGAGAAGAAAGUUGCUUUAGAAAUCGAUGGGCCAACUCAUUUCUCAAGAAACACUGGACUACCGUUAGGGCAUACAAUGCUGAAGCGGCGAUAUGUUACUGCUGCUGGAUGGAAGGUGGUAUCCUUGUCUCUUCAAGAGUGGGAGGAACAUGAAGGAAGUCAUGAACAGCUAGACUAUCUGAGGGAGAUUCUCAACGGCUGCUUAUAGAGAAGGCACGUAAGACAUUGUUAUAUCAUGGUUCUUAAUUAAUGUGCUCGAUUCCUUCAUGUAUAUAGCUAAAGCUUAUUGUAUCUGUUUGAUGACUUUAUGUUAGAGGCAAGAAAACAUAAUUAAAAGCAUUUAAAUUA